AUGGCGCCAGCCGCUAACCCUGUCCCUUCUUUUUGGAACGCGGAACCUCGUCCCCUGGAUGACUUCCGGAGUACCAAAGACCUUCCCUCCGAAGUUGACAUUCUCAUCAUCGGCUCUGGCAUCGCAGGAGUGGGCACAGCCUACCACCUGCUUCAAGACAGUUCUUUCAAGGCCUCUAUUGCAAUCCUCGAAGCCAGGAAGCCAGUUUCUGGUGCUACCGGGCGAAAUGGAGGUCAUGUAAAGCCAGAUGGUUUUCUCAACGUCCCCAGAACCGCCAAGAUCUAUGGCGCAGAGGCAGCAGCCGAGUUAGCCAAAUUUGAAGCCGCCCAUGUGUACGCGGUGAAGGAUCUUGUCGAAAGAGAAGACCUUGACUGUGACUUUAAUGUCACUAGGGCUUUGGAUGUUUUCCUGGACCCGGAACAUGCAAAGCAGACGGAAGAAGCAUACAGAGAGUUAGUAAAAGCGAAUGUUGUCGAUCUACAUGAUAUCGCUUUUACGCCCAAGAAGGACGCAGAAAGGGUUUCUGGUGUCAAGGGCGCGCAGUGCUGUUUUUCCUACACAGCCGCCCACUUGUGGCCAUCAAAGAUGAUCCAUCAACUCCUACAACUUCUCCUUGACAAAGGCGUCAAGCUAUACUCUCACACACCCGUGACAUCAGUCUCGUCAACUCAGGAUAGCAAUGGAUCAUGGAUCGUGACGACCCCCGACGGCUUGAUCAAGGCUCAGAAGAUCAUCUACGCCACCAACGGCUACACUGGCCAUCUACUGCCCGAAUACGCGUGCUGCAUCGUGCCGAUUAGAGGAAUCGCCUGCCAUAUCAGCAGCCCCAAGGGAGCCGACACACCUCAUUUGGUGAAUACUUAUGGAAUCCGCUUCGAUGCCCGCAACAAUGAUUAUCUUAUUCCGCGGCCUGACGGCAGCAUCAUUGUUGGUGGAGCUAGACAGCGGUUUUGGCACAACAAGGAGCGAUGGUAUGGCAUGACACGAGAUGAUGAACUCGUCGAUGAGGCUGUGUCUUACUUUGAUGACUAUAUGCAACGGCAUUUCCGCGGUUGGGAGGACUCAGCUGCCAAAGUGGAGAGCAUCUGGACCGGAAUCAUGGGCUACAGCGGAGAUUUUAUGCCUCACGUUGGGGAGAUCCCAGAGAAGCCAGGUCAGUUCAUCAUUGCUGGUUUCACGGGUCAUGGAAUGCCACAGAUUCUGCUUUCAAGCAAGGGCAUGGCGGCUAUGGUGCGCGACGGGGUUUCAUUUGAGAAUUCGGGCCUUCCUCGUAUCUUCAAGACCACCAAGGCCAGGAUAUCCUCAAAACGGAACCUCAUUGAGGAGAGUCUAGAGCCGUUGUGGAAGACGGGUAGGGAGUCAAAGCUAUAA